UCAUCAACGCAACAGGCACUGGGGCGGCGCCUGCUAUAAAUCGGUGGGUGAGCCUCUCUCAACUUCAGCCCACCAUUUCAACACCUCUUCUACACUGCUGCUUUCUGUCUCCUGACCGUGUCAAACCCUACUCUGCAGCCAUGCCGUCUGACCUGGAGAAAGCCAUGGAGUCCAUGAUCAUGGUGUUCCACAAAUAUGCUUCCAAAGAGGGAGUCAGCAACACGCUGAGCCGCAAGGAACUCAAAGACCUCAUGGAAAACGAGCUGGCCGGCUUCCUCAAGUCUCAGAAAGACCCCGCAACAGUGGACAAGAUCAUGAAGGAUCUCGACGCUAAUGGCGAUGGCCAAGUGAGUUUUGAGGAGUUUGUGUCUCUGGUGGUUGGCCUGUCCAUCGCCUGUGAACAGUGCUAUCAGAUGCACCUCAAGAAAACAGGAGCCAAGAAGUGAAGGAAACAGAAAUGAGAAGAGAACAAAGUAGGAUAUAAGCUGAGAGGAUAUAGGAGCUGUAGUUUUUGUAAUUAUGCUGUGUAAUAAAAUAUGUGUUUACAGACUUUUGAAAAA